AUGCAAAUGCGAAUUGGUAGCUUAAUUCAGAAUGGCAUCGUCGAAGGUCAACGAUUCGCACUCAGUAGCGAUCUGUGGAGAUACGCAAAAGCCACUGUGCACUGUGACCUUCUGAUCACAUUCAAGUCGAAUCAAGAAGAGGCGCAAAUGCGAGAUGUGGUCGCAUGGCUGGUUGAUCUUAUCAAAACACAUGAACCACAGCUGAAAAUAGAAGUGCGACAUCACAAUUUGAAAAACUGCUAUGCACUAUAUUUGACAGCCAACUACAAAAGCUUAUUGAAAGGAGCCGAACUUUGCCAUAUCAAAAAGAAUGUGAAAAGUCAUUUUGGGGGAGGACUUCGAGAGUUCUCAUUUGAAGAAGCCCAGUGUUUUGCGGGCAUCGAAGGACGCAAUACUUUUCUAACGGAUAUGGAACGGUCAUUUAUUGGUAAGUUCAAUUUAUUCACCAACAAAAUUUUAGGUCAAAUCUCACCCUAUCUGAACAAAAAGAUCUGUUAGAU